AUGCACAGCUCACUCCGAGUGUUCCCGGAGAGGCCGAAGGGCAAAGUGAUCAAGGACAGCGUCACCCUCCUGCCCUGCUUCUAUUUUGUGGAGCUGCCCAUCCUGGCCUCGUCGGUGGUCAGCCUGUACUUCCUGGAGCUCACGGAUGUCUUCAAGCCCGUGCACUCGGGGUUCAGCUGCUAUGACCGCAGCCUCAGCAUGCCCUACAUCGAGCCCACGCAGGAGGCCGUCCCGCUCCUCAUGCUGCUGAGCCUGGCUUUCGCGGGGCCCGCCAUCACGAUCAUGGUGGGGGAAGGCAUUCUCUACUGCUGCCUGUCCAAGAGGAGGAACGGCGUGGGCCUGGAGCCCAACAUCAACGCCGGGGGCUGCAACUUCAACUCCUUCCUCAGAAGGGCCGUCCGAUUUGUCGGUGUUCACGUGUUCGGCCUGUGCUCCACGGCCCUCAUCACGGACAUCAUCCAGCUGUCCACGGGGUACCAGGCGCCCUACUUCCUGACGGUGUGCAAGCCCAACUACACCUCCCUGAACGUCUCCUGCAAAGAAAACUCCUACAUCGUGGAAGACAUCUGCUCCGGCUCGGACCUCACGGUCAUCAACAGCGGCAGAAAAUCAUUCCCUUCCCAGCACGCGACCCUCGCCGCCUUUGCCGCUGUGUACGUGUCGAUGUACUUCAACUCCACGUUAACGGACUCCUCGAAGCUCCUGAAACCCCUCUUGGUCUUCACGUUCAUCAUCUGCGGCAUCAUCUGCGGGCUGACGCGCAUCACGCAGUACAAGAACCACCCCGUGGACGUCUACUGCGGCUUCCUAAUCGGAGGAGGAAUCGCUCUGUACCUGAUCCGCGUCACCCCCGUGGACGGCAGCGAGGGCGGCUCCGAGACGCUGUCCGUGUCGUCCUCGCGCGACUCCACGCUCCGCAGGAAGGGCAACAUCAUCCUGAUCCCCGAGAGGAGCAGCAGCCCCGAGAACACGAGGAACAUCUUCUACAAGGGCACCUCCCCCACGCGGGCCUACAAGGACUGAGGGCCGCGCCCCGACAGACCAGCGUGGAUCUUACUCGCACGCUGUCCCAGCAGAUGGGGUUGGGGGAAGGGGGACAGUGAGACUUUGCACCAGACUAGCUCCUCCAGCAUCCGUGACUCACGCACCUGUGGGAGCUGCUACCCUCAGCGCGUGGGGUGCCCCGGGGGAGGGAGAAGCACAACACGAGGACCUCAGAUGCUGGGAGCUCUCCGGGGGCCAGCUCGGAAGGCAGCGGUUGCCUUCCCUGGAUGCUAUGUCACUCCCCCAAUGUGCCAACAUAAGGGAUCCCCCCUCUUUCUAAUUAGCAGUGGGGGUCCAGACCUCGGUUCCCCACGCACAGGCCACCGGUUUUAUAUAUCCAUUCAGCAGAAUCUGCACCCCACACUCCCCGUGGGGGUGCUGGUUAGUCUAGUGCAUCUCCCAUGCCACCUCCCAGCCCCCCAGCCCCCCAGUUCUACCUAGCAGUGCAGUAGUGUGUGCAGUCCCCACCUGAGAAACGCUACUGUGUGAGAGGACGCUGGCUGCUUCGUGGUAGACGUGGGUUCCCCGUAGCUCCCCCGUAGUGGCUGUCACCGUCCACACAUGCAAAGGUUUGGUGCAUUUUUUUUUUCUUAAAAACUAUGCUUUCUUCAACAACAACAGCAACAACAUUGUGUGUUUUCAGCAAAAGGGAAUCGCUAAGUGCUUUUCUGCAUCGUUUUGUUUCUUUGCGGCUUACUUUUUUUAUUUCAGUGUAGGCGCUGCUAAUGAAGAAUCCGGCUUCCAGUGAGUAAAUUUGCUUCACUUAAAAAUAUAUUGUUUUAGAGAGAGCUUUUUGAAUGGUUGUGAUCCUACUCGGUGUUUUAUGGCUUGUCCUUUAUUUAUUGAUUUUCUAUAUAUUUUUUGAUGUUAUAGAUAAGCUCUGCUACUUUUAAAGUGAAAACAACCAUUGACAUGUCCUCAGUGAAACGUAUCGCUGUGAACUUAGGAACAAGGAGCCUGAACCAAAACUUGACCCUGUGGCUACAUUGCUGGCUGGCUUAGGCUGCUCUUUGAACAAGUCAUCCAAGAAUUCCACGCAGUUCCAGGUUAUUAGCUUUUUUGAUGUCCUGACAACCAGUAAACUAGGGCCACAUCGGUGGGUUUCACCUUCUUCCUCAUUUUUAUUCAUUCGACACCCACAGGGAGAAUGUGAAACAGAUGCAAAUGGACAACAAAAGCAUCUCCCGGAAUAAACGAAGGCUGCAUUUCUUUAAAACAUCUAA